CCAUUUAUUUAUGCGCGAAAAUGCGAUUGUCCGCUGCUCUUUGCUGCUAAAUCGUGUUUUAGGUAUCAACGGUUAAUCGGUAUUUUUUGGCUUCGUUUCUGGACCAUCCAAAAUUUUCUCGCACUCAAACCGCUUGUUAAAUAAAAUGUUCUGUAAAGCAAAACAACAAAAAAAAUUGUGUCCUCAAACGACAAGUUCACCAAAUCCCCACUAACCUUAGCAAAUUGAUACACAUUUACUAAAAAAGCCUUUGAAAAUGAAACAAACAUUUUCUUUUGGACAAAAAAACUCUCUAAUAACCAACUUUGCAACAUACCCAAGAACGUCAAAGUUGGUCAAAGUGAUACGAUGGUGAUACGUAACCUAAAAACUCAAUCUUUCAUGAUCCCCCUUCAAAGCAAUCAUGUUUAAGAAACCUGUGCGAAUAAAGAGCAACAACCAAGUGAAGGGGUCGGAAAGAAAGGCAAUAAAAGACCUAUUUUGCAAAAACUUUUCCAACGUCACCGAGGAGCAGAUCAAUGCUCUGUUCAACAACAAGAAGGAGGCUCUAAACUGCAUAAAACUGACGACUCACUCAAAUGAAAUCGUUCAGGUUUACACCAUCCAGAAGCAACCGCUGUUUUUCAGCGUACAAGGCAAAAUGCUGCCCACAGUGUUUUUGUUGUGGAGGCUUCCCAACUUAGUGGCAAGCUUUACAACACAUCCACAAGUGAUGAGUUUCAUUAGUUCGGGCGCUGAUUUAAUGCUAGCGGGGUUGGUCACACCGCCUCCCCAUUCCGGGUUGCCCCGGUACAACAGUCUCCCCCAAAGCAGCCCGGUUUAUGUUAAUUUAUCGAGUAGUAGUGCGGCAGUUGCAGUGGGCCUGACGGCGCUUAGCUCCUAUGAUAUGGAGCGGGCUGGAGGAAGAGGCAAGUGCGUUUUGCUGUAUCACUUUUACGGUGACCAUUUGUGCUCAGUGGAAGGUAACAGCAAUAUCCCAAUCCCCAAACUGCCGCCUCCUGAGUGGCUCAGCUUGAGUGACUAUCAAGCAGAUUUUCCUGCUUUGGGCGACAACAGUGCCGAUGCUCCCAAACUCUUGGAGGUGAAUUCAAACGAAAACCCUCAAGAGGAUCCAAUUCCAGCAGUCAUUGAAGAAGACCCUGAUCAGCCUGAGGCCAUGGACGAGCUACUGAACUACUGCUUCCUGGCGGCUCUCAAAUACUCAAAAUCCUUGGCGUUGCCGGUGUUGAUAUCCAACUUCUUUAAACUGCAAAUGUUGCCGAUGUGCCCCCCUGGGCCCACAUUGGACAUAAAGAGAACGUCGCACAAAAAAGUGAAACCCUUCCUGGACGCAAUGGCCAAAAGUGGGCUAAUCACAAUACAAGAAAUAAGAAAGGGAGUGGAAGCAGUGACGGAUAUAAACAAAACCCACCCCAAGUUCAACGAAUUUUACAUUAAACCGGAAGACCGGCCUAGACUGGACUCUGAUGAUGCAAAGAGGCAAACAGUGGUGACUGAGUCGUAUGCAAUCACUCACAACGUUUUGCCAAUUUUUCAGCCCGCUGGAUACCACAAGGGUGAUAUCCUUGAAGUUCCAAACAUCAGGAAGUGUGUAACGGAGCACGUUAAGCAAAAUAAUUGCCAAGUCAGCACGAAUCCCAAACUAGUUCACCCAACCACAGCAGUAUUGAAAACUGUUUGCAAAACGGAAAAUCCAGUUUCUUGGGAAGAAGUCUUUGAGAAAGUGUGCGAGUCGAUGAAGUCUUGUUUCAAAGUGAGCUCAGGCAAUGACUUCAGCCAACUUAAUAAGGGAAAAGUCUCCCCCAUCUAUAUGAGUGUUUCGACCAGAUCAGGGAAUAAAAAAGUGACUUUAGUGGACAAUUUGGAAGUUUUCGGAGUCAACAUCCAGGAAUUUGCCAAAGAGUGCCAGCAUGGAGUGGCUGCCAGCACUAGUAUCACUCCCACACCUCCAGGCAAGAAAUGCGAUCAGCUUCUAGUCCAAGGAAACCAAGUGAUUUUUAUACACAAUUUAUUAGUGGACAAAUACAAGAUACCCAAACAGUACAUCAGAGGACUAGAGCUGGCGCCUAAAAAGAGAAAAUAGCUGUACUUUUAUUCAAUAAAAAGUUAAUAUUAAAA